AUGCUCUCGUUUUUCCGGCUAUUAGUGUUAUGUAGUUUGGUCAUGUCUCUAUGGACCGGCAAGGAUGCCACUCACACUCGCAGCAUAUGCGUUGCCCUGGGGAUUGUGCUAGGAUUCUGCAUCUUUUCUUACACAUCGGUGUGGAAUAAACGCCGUAAACGGGCAGGGCACGUUGCCGAAUCUUCGGAGCAAAGUGUGACUCCCAAAGGGCGGGGGACGUCAGGCCACACAACGUAUGGGCCCCCGCAGUGCGCCAAUGAGUUACAGUCGCAGACCCUGUCGGGAGGGAACACACAAAGGGAGAGGCAAUCACUUUGGCGAACAUCUUCUGCGAGGGAAGAAUACAAAAAAACACCGACAUCGCAGACUGAGACUACGCCCUUGUUCCUUUCCACUGUAAAACAUAGUGGUGGGUGCUCGGCGAAUGUCGGUAGCACCAUCUUCUUGGAGAAACCGUCAAGUACUCUUGGUUUUGAUUCAGAAGUGGUGGUGGGUCAUUUUGCAAUGUGUAUGGCAGGCUGUUUCACUCAAGAAUCCGUCAUGUACCGGUUCCCCAUCGAAAUAAAGCGCUACGUUCACGUAGAUGGAUCCAUAAUUACCCUUGUUGCGGAGGAUCUUGGUAACGUGGAGGUCAGCAUGACCACAGAAUCCUACAAGACACGGUGUAUUGAGCGGGCUCGGGAGGAGGCGGUGCAACAGCAGACGUACUUUAAAGUGCAGCACGACACGUUGGCGAGCGAUAUUGUCACGACGGUCAUGGAACAAUAUGCUUGUAUAUACAUUGGGCCUUCCCCUAUGGUGACUUUAAGCUUCUUUCUCGUACAGAACCACAUAGCCUACGUCUUUCAGCUUCAGUCUCACGCCAAUGACUACGGACUCCACCUAACGGACUUUCUUUACACCAUACAAAGUGUUCGAAUAGAGAAAUACCCUCGGGUGGUUUCAGGGAAAGUGCGCCACGCCCUAAUUUCAAAUCUUGGAGGAGAAGCCUACCUCGUCGACCUCCCGCCGCAGUUUAUUGUGACGUGCACCAAAGUCACGGAUUUCCUUUCACUUCACUAUCGACACGCAAACGCGUGGUCGGGUGAGGUGCUCACGUGGGCUCCGAAGAAGAAGAAUGCGAGCAACCAAGGCAAUGGCAAUCACAGCAGUAAUGCUAAUCAUGACGUCAACAACGUGAUCACUCUCAUCCCUGGUAAGCUCUUUAUCGUCUCACAUUGGCAAUCCAAUAGUGAAGUCAGUGCGACUGUCAUGGAUGAAGUCAAAGGGCUCCUUGAAGCGGUGAGUGCUUUUUUGACGAAAAUUGUUGGUAAACAACUCCCAUCCAGUUUGUAUGUUUCCAGCGAUCUGGAAAUGCCUUUGCCACCUAUCCAGUGUUUCACCACCAACGUUUGCACUCAUACCGCCGACCCCUUCAUCACCAUGUUCGUGCUGACCAAAGACGCGGGGAUUUUUGAGCUUGAGGUGGGCGCACUCGAGGUGUCUGGAAUAACCGAGUUGACACAUCGUUUGAACUGCAAUUUCUCAAAAUCCCUUCGUUUGCAUCAUGGAGAAACUGCUUCUGGGAAAAGGAAACUGACAUUUUCUGGUGAAUCCGAAAAGAACAUGAUGUUUCGUCUUGAUGCUGUGCAUUCUUCAUAUGACGAUCUUUGGUUUACGAUCAAAUGCCUUCAUGUUAGCGGAACCAAGUUGCCAGGCGAUUUGCUGCAGUAUUUGGAAUCCGCUCUCGAUGCGCUCUCAUUCCCUCCCAAUUCGCGUAGUUUUUUUCCAAUUGUGCUCGCCAACUGA